AUGCCGGAGUUCAAAGGCAUCAUGAAGAACGGAUGGCAUCCGGAGAAGUCGGGAGGGGGAAUCAGAAACUCAGUGUCCGGUCUUAUGGGCCGCAACAAGGACAAGGAGGAAAGCAGCUCGGAUCACGUCGCCCGUCCGCUGACUGACCUCAAGGACCCUGCUUCCUUUGCGCCGCCGCCCAAGCGAACGGGUAGUGGUCUUGCGCCUGCUCCGAAGCCAGCCUCUGUUAAGCGCAAGGUCAUCACGGCUCCGUCGAAAUACGCCGAUCCCAGGGCCGGACCCGUGGAACCGCCGGCGAGGAACACGGGCAGCGGAGUCGAGCCUAUUGAGGGGGCGCCGGCAGCGAGCAAACAAAUCGAGGACGGACCACGUCAACCAAAGGCGUAUCAGGUGAAUACUACGGGUUUAUCGACGGAUAGCUUUGCCAGACCGCCGGGCAGGAGGGACGGUGCAGACGGGAGGAGUCCCCCGUCGUACAAUGAAGCUACUGGUGGUGCGGCACCAAAGGCACUGCCGCCCAGUUUGCCGCCUCGAUUACCGCCGAGAGGUGCUGCCGGAGGGGGUGAGCAGACUGGCGGAUUAAACGAGGGCGCUGUGAAUAGGCUCGGCGCAGCAGGCGUGUCUGUUCCAGCGUUGGGCAUCGGCCACGGAGGCGCUAAAAACUCGGCUUCGCCAAGUCCGCCUCCUCCUCCGGCAGCACGAGCAUCGCCGUCGCCUUCCCCGGGGGCUGGGAAAUGGGGCGCUCAAGUCAACGAACUACAAGGUCGUUUCGCCAAACUGGGGACCUCUUCGACAGGAUCGUCAGCCCAGGAACAACCACCUGCACCCAGCGGAGGCACAACAUGGGCUCAAAAGCAAGCAGCCCUCAAGACGGCGUCAAACUUCCAAAAAGACCCAUCGUCGGUUUCAUUCUCCGACGCCAAAUCCGCCGCCAGUACCGCCAACAACUUUCGACAACGUCAUGGGGAACAAGUUGCCGCUGGUGCCAGGGCAGCCAACAACCUGAACCAAAAGUACGGUGUGAUGGACAAGGUUGGCGCAUACACGGGCUCGCAAACUACAGAACAGGCACAUAAGAAAUCGUCACCGCCACCAUUACCUGGCCCAGGUCAGCCAUAUACGGGUGUACCUGCGACGGAGGCCGCUCCAGCAGCUGUGCCAGACUUGGCUGGGAAGAAGAAGCCGCCGCCUCCGCCUCCGAAGAAGAAACCUGGUCUUGCUGCGACAAAUCCUCCUGGUUCGCAGGGUGGUGGGCCACCUCCGGUUCCCAUGUCCACGAGACCGCAAUUCUGA